UCUUACACCAUGGGUGGAUUCUGCUUUCUCUACCUGCUCCUGAUCCUCUUGAUGAGAUCUGGUGAUGUUGAAACCAAUCCAGGUCCUAACACUGCAGAAAGUACUGUCAGUGAAAUGGAGUUCCUGAAGCUGGCCCAGGAUAUCGAUCCAUCUUACUACUACAAUGUAGGGAUAUCUCUAGGGUUCUCCCAUGCUCAGCUUAAGGCAAACCUGAUUGAGAAUUCGAAGAACUUCAAAGAUGCCUUUAUGGAUGUCUUUAUGAAAUGGAAUGUCAAGCAGCAACCUCCACACUCAAACAAACGACAGCUUUUGGCAGACAAACUACAAGAGAUUGACUUGGGUGGCCUAUCAGACGGAUUACUUGAUGGACCUCCAUUUCCAAAGAUCACAGGAGGGCCAUCAAGACCGUCAGAAUCACAGUCCAAACAACUUUCUCCUGAACUGGUUGAGCAGUGUGCAAAUGAUUUCAAGUUCAAUUACAGGUCAACUCUCUGUAAGAUCAGAGCUGAUCCUCUCAAGCCUUCUUCACUUGUGGGUUUUGAAAAACUACACACAAAUCUUGUAUUGGAAGAAGAGGAUGGAACUGGCAAGCAAAUAAUAGAUUACAACAAUUUUAUUGAUCUCAAAGUCAAUGGAGAGUUCCCCAAGCGGAUCUUGGUUCAGGGAGAGGCAGGGGCUGGAAAAACUACAUUUUGUGCUAAGAUUGCCUGGGACUGGAUUGAAGGGAGGCAUUUCAGUCACUUUGUGUGGGUCUUGAUCGUUCCUCUACGUAAAUUUAAGCAACACACUAUUGGCGAGAUUGCAAAGUCUUAUCUGGCCAAAAACAAUCCAGCAAAGGUUUCUCAGAUAACUGAGUAUAUCCGGUCAAAUCCUAACAAGGUAUUUAUCGCAUUAGAUGGGCUAGACGAAUUAAGUGGCAAAUUCAUGAAGACAAAAUCUUGCGAAUCACAACCUUCUUAUCAUAUGCAACCUCAGCCAUCACAGCAAAGUGUCACCCUCUCAGAGGCAUGUCGAAGCUCAUCUGAGACUGAUGACAUUGGACUUGAAGAUAUUCUUUGUUCAGAUCAACUUGCCUCUUGCCCAGUCUUGGUGACCACUCGCCCAUGGAGAGCAGUAGAGAUUAGAUCAGAUGGUGAUCUAAUGAAGCUCUACACAUUCAUUCAUGUUGAGGGUUUCAACAGAGAGAAUUUGUCAGUUUACAUUCACAAAUACUUUCCAAAGGAUGAGGAUAAAGCAAAUCGGCUUAUCCAGUUCAUCAGUGAGAAUGAUGUCAUAUCUGAAAACAUGGCCCACUUUCCUAUAUAUGUAGCCAUGUUGUGUCUUAUGUGGAAAGAACGUGACAAGCAAAAACUAAAGGAAAUGAAAUCAUUGAAAACCUUUUCUCAGAUUUUCAAAGAAAUGAUUGCCUUUCUAAAAGAACAUUAUGCUCAGAAAGAGGUGAAUAAAGUAGGCAGCUCGUCACUUAUUGCCUAUUUGAAAGAUAUUGAGGAGCUCCUUGGACCUAUUGCCAAACAGGCCCUCAAUGGUCUGCUAGAAAAUACAUUGGUUUUCGGUGAAGAUGAUUUCGAAGUAUGCCCAGAAUCCAAGGACACUGCUUGCAGGGUCGGGAUUUUGUCUCAGGAGGACAGAAUUACUGCUGACACGGAUACACAUGAGAGGAAUUCUCAUGUGCAAUUGCCAGUUUUCUUCCCUCACAAACUGUUUCAGGAGUACAUGGCUGGAGUCCAUCUUGCUUCCCUAUAUGAGUCAGAUCGUGAUGAAUUCAACAGGCUGAUUGAUCAAAUAGUGCUGCCAAAGGAGGAGGAGUUUAAGUAUCUCCUGUACUUCACUGUGUCACAGAACAAAAGUAUUGCAACCUAUGUAAUUAACUCUAUGCUUCAAGAACUAUCGGUAAAGGCUUCUAAGAUAGAGAUAGAUUUCAUUGUUGAUGUAGCUUUUGAGAGUCAGGACCCAGAUGUUGCAGCCUUGGUGAAGGACAGGGUUUCUUCAUUGAAUAUUGAGGUGGCCAUAUCCCCAUACACGACAGCACACACUGUAGCUGGUUAUGCUUUCAUUGGACCACAUGUGGUUGAACUCGGUAGAGAGAGAGAUUGUGGACCUACCAUGUCACUUGAUGUGGCAGACAUAAUAUCAUGCUCCAUGCCAUCCUUGAAGAAAGCUUCUCUAUCAGGUGCAUUCCAUCAGUGUUUUUUUGAAACACUUGCAAGGAAAGAAAGAGAAUCAAAGGUGAGCAGUUCAUCCACAAUUGUGAUGCAUGUAUGA